UCUUUUCUAUCAGUUACACAGAAAUGGUAUUGGAGGGAAAGUUUCUGAUCUAAUCAAAUGGAAAACCAGGAGCCUCUGAACACGGCGGACGCUGCACCGACUGAGCGACAGUCUGUGCUGCGUCAGUUUAAAGUGAAAGGACUUCAAGUGCCUGUUAACAUGUGACUCUGUUUCCCAUCAUGCCUCAGGAGAAAAGGAAGUGGCAGGCUGAGAUUGAAAACAAGAAGCGUCAGCUGGAGGACGACAGGCGAGCUCUGCAGCACCUGAAGUCAAAGGCCCUGAGGGAGCGCUGGCUGCUGGACGGAGCCGGACCAGAACAGGACGAGGUGAAGAGACAACUGGACCAGGAUGAGGCCAAGACCCGGAGCCUGGAGGAGACCAUCAACAGGUUGGAGGAUGAGCUGCUCAGUUUGGAAACUGGAGGCGUUUGUCAGACCAUAACCCAGACUACUGUGUCAUCAGGAGCCGUUAAAGCUGUAGAGGUCAAAGGUCACAGCAGCUGUCAGCCAGAGCAAGCUGCUUCAGGUCAGCUGGUCCAAGCCUUUGCAGAGGUCAAAGUUCACAAAAGUCCUCGGAUGAACAAACCGAGAGAGCCCGUGGACGAGAUGAAGCGAGCGAUGUACUCGGUGGAGAUUAAGGUUGAGCGGGACCGAGUGACGGGGGAGACCCGGGUUCUGUCCACUAACACCACACUUCCCGUUGACCUCUCUCACCAAGGGGUUAAAGUUUACGAGGACGAGAGGAAAGUGGUCCAUGAGAUGAACGGUGAAGACGGCGUCCAGCUGCUCAGCUUCUCCGAGGUCGAGGAGCUCAUCCACAAAGCUGACGAGGCCUCGAUGAUGUCACAGACUGUCACCACGGUGACCUCUCUGCCGACAGCAGAGGUCCAGGAGGAGGCAUGUCCCGAGCAGCCACCACUGCCGGAGCUGCUGCCGGUCGCCUUGGAGAUCACCGGGCUGGAGGCCAAGCCGGAAGGUGAGCCAAGCAUGGCGGAGGCCAGCGCCGAGAACCCCGUCACCAUGGUGUUCAUGGGAUACCAGAGCGUGGAGGACGAAGACGAGACCAAAAGGGUGCUCGGCCUGCAGGGGACGGUUAAGGCAGAGCUCGUUCUCAUCGAUGAUACCGACGGGAAAACAUCACCAGGUGACGGGAGGGAGGAGACAAGCGGUGCUCUGACACCAGCUCUGACUCCACCCGUCGCAACCACCCAACCUCGAUCCUCCAAACCUCCGUCCUCCAAACCUCCGUCCUCCAAACCACAGGCCACGGCAGUGGCGAGUAAUGGAGAGACAGCAGGAGAGGUGGAGGAGGUGAAGGGAGGAGCGGUGGAGAUAAAGAAGGAGAAGCAGCCGUGUAAGUGCUGCAGCAUCAUGUGAUCCUGAAGGGGGCGCUGCUGUCACAUAUAAUCUCAUAAUCUGAAAUAUGAAGGAGGACAAAACUACAGGAACUAAACUCCACCCACUGCCCUAAACCCCGCCUCUAACAACAUGACAUCAUUUCCUUCUUCUUUACUUUUUUCUAUUUCCUUGAACCUUUUUACUUUUGUACUCCUCUCCACUCCCGCGUUUCAUCUGAGACGCCUUAUCGCGUUAGCCUCAGCAUUAGCCAUGGUAGCAUUAGCUCUCUUGUACUUGGUUUCUCUCCAUCAUCUGUCUGCCGAAGUCUUUUUUUAAAUAAAAGUGACCCAACGGGUCGACUCAGCUCAA